AUGAUCGGUAAACUUAUUCAUUAUGGUGCAGAUUUAGUGUUAGUUUCAACUGCAUUGGCAGGAUUGAAAAGAAGUAGCGGUUUAACUCCAAAUUUAGAUAGUCAAUCUAAAGAUAUUCAAUAUUAUAGUAACAUGUACUUAGAUAUCGGAGAAAAAAUAUUGGAUUACUCAACUGCUUAUUGUUCAUCAUCAGAUUAUUUCAAACGUAGAUGA